GGAACCCCGAGCACGUCCAGUUAGAUAAAACAAUAACGUGUCAGAUCUGCGAUAUUUAUUUUAAAAACGUAGUCCGACUUCUCUCACGUCUCCGAUCCGAUCUGAUCUGAUCUGCGCGUGUGCGUGACUGAGUGAGCGAGCAUGUCCGGGACCGGAGAACCACACGGAGAGGAGCGUGAGCGGCCCGGGCCGCGUUUGGGUCGGAUGCACGAGGAAGAGGAAGAGGAAGAGGGGGAGUGUAAAAAGAAGGAGGCGGAAACGGAGGAGGAGGAAGAGGAAGAAGGGAAGAAGAGGGCGCUUAAACAGACCUGUCCGGGUGAUGAGGAGCGCGGAGGAACUUGCGUUGCCAUGGAAACUGCAUCCUCAGACUCGGUGUCUGAUCUGUUCCUGAACUCUUCCUCCAAGCAGAGUGACCUCUACACCUCCCUCCUCUCCUCUAAUUACUCGUCCUCAAACCCGUUCAGCGCCAGCGUUCCGCUCUUCUCCUCUGAGGAUGACCGUUCUCCUCUCGCUCCUAUGGGGAGCGACUCUGGAAUUGGGAUGACCCCUGGUGACCCCGGCGACCUCCACCCCCAAAAAAGUGACCCCUACAACUACAUGGAUAUGAGUGACAACCUUGGUGACCUCGGUCAUCGUGAAAACACUGGGUCAGAAAAGCAGCCAAUGAGGAGCCUCACAGAUCCUGAUGAUGAUGAUGAUGAUGAUGCUGUUGAUGAAGAUGGAUCCAUGGAGUUUAAGUCGAAGAUGGUGAAAGAGGUGUUUGAUUUAGGAAGCUACAUGGAGAAGAAUCCUGAAAACCUGGGAGUGAUGGGAGACUUGGGAAACACCUUCCCAUAUGUGGAGGACCAAUCAGACGAGGAGUUACUGGAGAACAGACCACGCACUGCCAGUCCAGUAAAGAUCACCGUGACGACAGAUUCCUGUAUCCUAGAAACCGAGCAAGCAAGAGGUGGAGUGUCAGAGAGGGAAAGUGUGCUGAGUUUGGGAAAGGAAGGUGUUCCUACGGUAACGCUGUCUGAACCGGAGGAUGACAGCGCUGCUUCAUCCGUCAAUCAUUCCCCUAACCACUCCCCCACAGGUAGAGAGUCACCCUCAGAUUUCCUGUUCCAGCCUGUAGGGAUAAAGUGUGUGAACACCAAGGGCCCUACAAAACGAUUUGGGAUGCGGGACAGUGGAGAAUCUGGAGAUUCCGAAGUCGAGCCCGAUUCCCCAAGACAUGAAAAGCAGUUCGCCGCCAGACACAGAGCUGGCAAACCGUUUGAGCCGACAGGUGGAGGUGUGGAGAUGAAACAGAGCAACAAGGGAAGAUUUAACAAUCCGUUUGAGGGGUCCAUCCGCACAAAGGGGGAAUAUGUGCAACAUGGCAACCCUCCGCUUUACAGCCUGCUUCGUGAGGAGAGGGAGGCCGAGCUAGACAGUGACCUGCUUAUCGAGUCUGCUUCUGAGGAGAGCCCUAAGAGGGAGCAGGUGGUGAAGUGCACCCUAAAACCACAUUCACCUCCGAGCUCACCUCCACCUGUGAGCAGCGCUGUCUCUCCACCCCUAAAAGAGAAAGAACAGGAUGUAAAGAAAGAAAAGCCCAGUGCAGAACAGAGAGAAGAAUCCAACACUCAGACACAACAGGAAGAAGAUCAAACGUUCACUAAAACCAAGCCUGCAGUGAUGCCGUCUAUUGAACAGCGCACCCUAGAGGACGGAGGAAAUAAAAGCACGAUUAGCAACGGAGAAAAAAGGACCACUAAAGAGGCGGAGCUGCUGCUUUUCUUGCACACCUUCAACAAACAGAAAGUGGUGGCGCUGCUGCACUGGCGGGAUGUGAGAAAGACGGCCGUGUUGUUCAGCAGUGUGUUGCUGCUGCUCUUCUCUCUGACUCAGUUCAGCGUGGUGAGUGUGAUGGCGUACCUCGCCCUCGCCGCUCUCUCCACCACCAUCAGCUUCAGAGUGUACAAGUCCGUUCUGCAGGCUGUGCAGAAGACUGACGAUGGACACCCCUUCAAAGUGUAUCUGGAGCAGGAGAUCGCUCUCUCUCCUGAGCAGAUCAGUAAAUAUGUGGAGAAAGUGCAGCUCUAUUUGAAUUACACACUGAAGGAGCUGCGAAGGCUUUUCCUCGUGCAGGACCUGAUCGACUCUUUAAAGUUCACAGUGUUGAUGUGGUUGCUGACAUACGUUGGCGCUCUGUUUAACGGCCUCACUCUUCUCAUUCUGGUUGUGGUGUGCGUGUUCACCGUGCCGCUUGUGUACGAGAAAUAUCAGAAACAGAUAGAUCAGUACCUGGGACUAGUGAGAACUCAGGUGAACUCUGUAAUGGCAAAACUGAGGGAGAAGGUUCCUGGAGCCAAGAGGAAGGAUGAGUAAAAUCCCUCCAUCCAAAUCCACUGUCCACUCAACAAAGCCAGUAACAACUGCAGCAAGGCUGUGUCCCAAUCCCAUUUUUAAAUAGACCCUUGUUGACUUCCACUUCCCCCUUUAUUAGCUUGUAAGUUCUAGUGAUCAGGUGGCAUCACUGCAGCCUUCAUGAGGAACACGUUUCCGCUGUAUGAACGUCAGGUGUCGAGGCUCAGCUUUAUAUCCGAAGGAGUGCACACUCGUCCACUUAAGACACACUUCAUGCACACUUUCUAGAGGAAGUCAACAAGGGUGUAUAAAAGAUGAGCUCAAUAACAAAACGAUCACGAUCAUGACCUGAUUUAUGAUUAUUAUACUACACGUAUUUUAAUAACAUCACACGAUUAGCUCGAGCCCUUCUGAUCGGACGGCGUGUUAAUCACAGAAGAACCUCGGCAGCGUCUCAAAGCUUCGUCAUAGCUUCGGUUAUCGUUGUGAUAUAGUUUGUGCCGAUAAUCUACAUACGCCUAAAUGAUCCAUUUGACAAAAACACAUUAAGUUUCUACAUCCACGACGUGCAUGACAGUAUUUCGUAUUAACAGUGUUAGAUAGUUAAGUUACUUUCAUAAAUACUUUCACGAAAGAAAAUGAGGAAGCGACACGAUGUAGUUGAUGACGUCACAAUUGUACGGAUAAAUCUGACACCUGGGAAGCAACGCGAAGUCACAAACCAGUAAAAAUUUGCAAACUGCUUUUUCUCUCAUUUUGCUUCAGAUUAAAAAGCAUGAGUCUUUAGUAAAUAAUAUUAAACUAUCACUCUUUCUUUCUGUAUGGUUUCAGUCUAACAGUAAACACCUCACACGCUCAUCCACGCGCCUGCUCGGUCACCGUAUAACCGCACACGUCGCCGCUUACGCACGAACGCAUUAAUAUUAAUAUAUUCUAAAUGAUUUUCUCCAAUGGGUGUGUAUGUGUGUGUGUAUGUGUGCGUGUUAAACACAAGAAUCUAAACGUGUGUCGUGUAAUUUAGCUUUUGUAAAGUCAGGAGUGUGUUCAGUUCAGUGUUGUUGGAUUUGAGCUCGGGAUCGACUCUGUAACUGUUUGCACUCGUGUAUUAAUUGAACAAGAAUGAAUAAAUGUUCUCUACUGUAAAA